AUGGUUUGGCCCCCCCGGCCGCCGAAGCGGGCGGCAUACCGUGGCAGUGGUGCCGCGAAUGCUGGGCCGGGGAUUUUAUUAGCCGGGGCGACGUCGAGACUGAGCUCAUCCCGGAGCUGGAGUAGUUGGGCCAGCCGCCAGGGCCGGCGUUACAGCCGUCGGCCGGCACAGACCUCGCCCCGCCGGGCGUCGGAAAAGAGCUCCGCGCCGUACUCUGUGGUGCCUGCCGCUGCUUGGGUUGGUUGCCCCUCCACGGCUCGAGCUUCUCGCCUCUUCGCGCCCCCCCCCGCCGCCGUCAUGUCUUCGACCCACGCGGCCCAGGCGCUGGUGGAUUUUGACACCCUCGCCGCGGAGACGGGAGCGGGGGACGUCGUCCUCGGCUACCUCCGCGCACGGGGCCUCGCUCGGACCGCCACUCUCGCCCUGGUUGAGCCCGACGAGACCAGGUUCAAAGCCACGGUCAUCGACCCUCUCAUCGCGGGCUUUCGGGACGACGCCACCAACACUGAGUUCAGGGUCGCCCCGGGCGACCAACCGUCCGCGCGGGCGGUGCUCCUCCACAUGUUCUUGGAGGCCCGCUCCCAAUGGGACGCCUGGUCCGCCGCCAGGGCGGCUGCUCUGAGCCCCAACGCGGGGUCCCCGGCUGGGGCGUCGACGGCACCGGCCCCAACGCUGUUGAACCUGCCCGCGUGGGGGCCACUGGUGCAGGCUUACAACGCCAAGCUCCUCGACGGCAAGCCGCGUCAGUUCCCCACCCGCCGGCUGGCGGGAGCAGACGCGAUCCUCGCCAGGAUCUACCAUGAACACACGGUGUCUAAGGCUUACACGCCGCUGAUGCUGGGGGAGAUCUUGGCCGCCAGGACUUGGACUUCGGCAGACGAGCUCAACAAGCUCGCAGCCGUUGGCCGCGACUCGCUCGCCGGGUCCCUGCAGGUCGUCGGGGGCGCCGUG